ACUGAGUUUUCACGAUAAAUACAAUUUCUGCGUUCCUUUCUUUUGCCCAGUUUAAACACCAGUUUGUCCCUUUUAAAGAUGACUCUCGCCCUUCACCCUGUGACGCCCUUCGCUCUGCCACCGGUGAUAUUUGUGAGCAGAGUGGAGCUCCUCUCUGUCCUAAGCUAAACUUAGCCCUGACUGUACCACUCCUCAUCACAACAUGCUCUGCAGACCACACUGGGUUAUAAUGGACGGUGUCAUGUUACUGCAGAUGCUGCUGUAUCUCACCAGUGACGCCGGCCAGACAAGCUAUAGCUCAGCCCUCAUUCCUGAGACUGAAGAGUUUGAUUCAAUUGUGUCGAUCGCGGAGAGGCUGAAUGAGCAGGUAGCUCAUGCUGCAGAUGAGAGGUUACAGUCAGAGCUCCAGACUCUGGUAACAUUCAUGAUGGAGGAGGAAAGAAAAGAAAACCAGAGUGAGGAGCACUCAGGAGAAAACUCUCAGGAAACAAACCAAAAUGGCUCCGCCCUCCCCGCAGCAGUGGCUAAAAGUGUUCCCACGGAGUCCCUCUCCACUCUGUUACCGAAGGCUCUCUCUGCCGUGCUGAAGACGUCCGCCCCGGGCCUCAACUCUGACCCCCCGCAGCCCAGCAGAGGCCCAGUCAAACACAGUCCAGCCAACCUGGAGCAGCUACAGACAGAGCUGAGAGACCUGAGGGACCAGUUCGAUCAGAUGAAGAGUCAGCACAACAAAGAGAUCAAACUGCUGAUGAAUGAGCUCGAUGAGGAGAAAAGGAUUCGCCUGACUUUACAGAUGGAGAUCCAACGUAUGAAGAAGCACAUGUCUAAAUGAGCCGAGUAGAGCGAUGCAUCAUUUAAAAUCCUGAUUUGACAUGUUGUGAAGGUCCCGUCGUACACACUGCUGUACGCACUCACUACACUCUGAUACAUCCUUACUGUUAAAAGAUCUCAUCCGUGCCUCUUUUUGAGGAAAAGUUUUCGGAUUUUUUUGUCAAAAAAGGCUGGCCAAGAAGCGUUUUUACUGACUCGUUGAAAGUGUAAUUGUAAAGGACGACGGGAGCGAAGAAACUGUUCCCGCCUGAUGUCACAGUGAGAGGAGUGUCUGCUGACCGCUGCAUGGACAUUUUUCAUUUAUUUUGUUGACGGACUCUGGAAUCUUCAGCCUCCUGUGGUGGGAGACAUGCUUUUUGAAAUGUCUUUGGGUUUAAGUAUGUUCAUUCGGUUUACCCUGGGAGCCAGGAUUUGUUAUGAUGUUGAGAAGAUCAUCGCUGUCGAGCUGAUUUUCAAUCAUCUUAGGUUCGUGUAGUUUUCAGACAUGUGAAUAUUUUCCUUUUUGAUUGUACAGGAAAUUGACUUGCUAAGUCAUCUGUUGUUGAUGUGCAGCAUUGUGAGCUCAUUAAAGAUGUUGGACAUUA